AUGGAAAUGCACAGGCUAGCUCAAGAUAGAGGAGAGGGAUCUAGUGCAAAUGACUAUGUGGAGGUUUGGAAGACUAUCUGGGGACUGCCACCAGUGCUCAAAAACUUUUGCUGGAAAGUUUGCAACAAUCUACUCCCCACCAAAGUUAACUUGCAUAAGAAGAAGAUAGUUGAUGAUCCUUCGUGCCCUUUCUGUAAAGCCGAACCAAAAACAUUUUUCCAUAGUCUUUGGGGAUGUCCAGCAGCUAUACCAGUUUGGCAGGAGGGGGGCAAGAGGCUUCAGAAAAUGUCAUGUGCUCUAAUGGAUGGUAUAGGUUUAUUUUUGUACCUAUUGGAAAUGCUAGAUUCAGAUGAGUUGGUAGAGGCUUGGACUGUGGCACGCAUGAUUUGGAUCAGGAAGAAUGAUUUUGUCUUCAAUGGAGUUUUCACCCCCCGAAUUCAGAUUAUGGCUGCAACAAAGAUAUCUUUGGAAGGUUUUUACACAUGCAAGUGGCAGAGAAGAAGCUUCUACCAGAGACAGGUCAACGCAUCGAUUGGUGUGGAAAAAACCCAUGGAUGGUAG